AUGAAUUUAUUGUUGCAAGAUCCAUUUUCUGUGUUGAAAGAGUAUCCCGAGAGGCUUUCUCAUACGUUGGAGAAUCCAUUGCAUACUGAAUGUAUUAAAUUUAGCCCGGUGGGUGAUUAUCUUGCUUUAGGGUCGUCAAAUGGUGGAGUUAUCAUUUAUGAUAUGGAUACUUUUAAACCCAUUACUGUGCUGGGAACUAAUAUGGGGUCUCAUACGAGGUCAAUACAGUCCAUCUCUUGGUCACCAUGUGGGAGGUAUAUUAUUACUUCUUCAAGGGAUUGGUUUGUGAAAUUAUGGGAUCUCGAUGAUCCAGGUAAAAAUAAAAGCGAGUUAUCAUUUGACUCGCCUGUAUGGAAUUGUGAAUGGUUUGAUUUCGAAGACAAAUUAGCAGUGGCCACCGUCUUUGAGGAACAAAAUGCCUUUCUCAUAGAUUUUAAAUUGGAACCACCCACUGUCUAUCAAAUAGAGGAUAGAAAUGAUAUUGAAAUGGAAAAUGGCAAUGUUAAUAAUAAAGGAUAUACCUUAACGCUAGCUAUUCAUCCAAAACUAGGGAAUAUCGUCAUUACUGGGACCUCGAAAGGAUGGAUUAAUAUAUUCCAAAUACAGUCCUUAUCCAAUAUAAAACUGGUCCAUUCAUUUAAGAUCGGUAACUAUAACAUCAAGCAUAUUAUCAUCUCUGAAAAUGGUGAUAAAUUAGGAAUAAACUCUUCUGAUAGAACUAUAAGGCAAUAUUCAUUAAAGGUUUCAAACGAUACAGCCAACGAGGAAAAACUCCAAGUGGAGAUAGAUUUAACCCACAAGUACCAAGAUGUGAUCAACAAAUUGCAAUGGAACUCGAUAUUUUUCAGCAACAAUUCUGCAGAAUAUAUCGUUGCCUCUACUCAUGGCUCAUCAGCUCACGAACUAUAUAUUUGGGAAACAAGUUCAGGCACCCUUGUUAGAGUUCUUGAAGGGUCGGAGGAAGAACUUAUGGAUAUCGAUUGGAAUUUCUACAACAUGUGCUUGGCAAGUAAUGGAUUAGAAUCUGGGGAUGUGUAUAUAUGGUCUAUUGUAGUACCACCAAAAUGGAGUGCUCUUGCUCCAGAUUUCGAAGAAGUGGAAGAUAACGUUAAUUAUCAAGAAAAAGAAGACGAAUUCGAUCAAGCACACGAAUAUGAACAACAACGAGAAUUAAUCCAACUGGAGGAAGUAGAAAUUGACUUGAAAACAAGAGAACAAUACGAUGUCAGAGGAAAUGAUUUAUUACUUCCAAAUUUUACAAUUCCUCCUGAUUAUCAAAGAACUCUUUUGCUUCAAUACAAAAACAGCAACAAAUAG